AUGCAUUCACAUACAACGUCGUUCACACCCGAGUACUCGAAUGAGUUACUGCGAAGGGUCCGAGACCUGUACCACGAAGAUAUUAAGCACUAUUAUCCGCAGUUGAAGCUGGAGAAGCUGUUAGACCUGCUGGAACAUACUGAGUACCUGAUCGAGUUAUAUCUGGACUCGAUGCGCCACGAUAGGCCCAAUGAUGCGCUGACGGCAUUCAUCAUUGGGUGUUACUACGUGUUCCUAAUCAUUCCACAAUCGUUGCAGUUCCAGACACGAAAUAAGUCCUACAGCAUUUACAGUGAUCUAAAGAAGAUGUACGAGAACGAAAUGAACAUGACUAACGUAGUGCUCAUGGUGAAGAAAGAAAUCGGAGUGGUUCUGGAUGACUCGGUCAAGCACGUUGUCGGUAUUGAGCACAGGAUCACCAAGAAAAGGGCAUUUUCUGUACCAGGCAUUGAUCUCUCAGACCAAUUGGCGUCACUAUCACUGGACACUGUAGGGUCGCGGGGACACCUCCAUAAGACUUCGUCUACAGAAGAAGAUGCGGACCAAUCUUCGCCGGUUUGGACUGCACCAAACCUGGAGCCUAAUGAUCAAUUGAAACUGGCUCUAUUGCCCGAAGUAGUACCUUCACCAGCCUUCUCUGAAUCAGCAAGAAAGACGAGUACUCCAAUGAGACAAUCUGUGCUACUGGAAGACGUGCCCUACAUUUACAACGAUAACGAAAACACAUCCGCAUCAUUAGAUCAACCGUUUGGCGAAAUCACCGCGGAUAGGUCCGUGACUCAUCGGAAGGACUCCUACCAUUCCGUUUAUAUGGUGGAUAGCGAGACUUUUAAAAGUGAUAAUGAGGAUCUCUUGAAUGUCGAAACCGAUGGGUUCAUCCAGAGUUUAGAAAUCUUACAAAAGCAAAGUAUAAUCACUGCGCCUGAAUUGUUUACUAUUUUAUCAAAUCAGAGUGAGAGUGAGAAGCUUCUACUUAUUGAUUUAAGAAUUCCACAAAGAUCUUCACUAAAUAACAUCGUGGCACCGAAUUUGGUGAAAAUUGAUCCGAAUUUGCUAUGGGACAAGAAGACGAAUACACCCGUUUACCAAGAUGACAUAUUGGAGCAUUUACUGAAGGAAAAUGAAAAUUUCGUAAACCGUAAUAAAUUUCAAUACAUCGUUUGUUAUUCAGAUGUAAAGACCUUUAUGACGAUGAAUUUUGACUAUUCAUUUAUUUUCUUCUAUUUGCUGCUGACUUCUCAAAAGACUCGUUUGACCACUGUACCUACUGCCCUGCUAGGCGGGUAUGAAAAAUGGAAGAAAACUCUACACACGUACGCCCAGCAGUACCACAUUAUUAUCGAUGAUUACUUGUAUAGGCCCUAUUCCCAAAAGGCACACCAUCAACAACAGCAACAACAGCAACAACAACAACCAAGCUCCCAAGAUUCCUCCUCUAGUAAAGAAUCAUCUGCAAAAAUUCCCGAACCUCCUUCUUGGAAACCUCCCGAUUUACCCAUACGGUUAAGAAAACGCCCUCCACCACCACUACCUGUAGCAAUGCCCACAACCCCAGAAAACCCGCCUCCUCUGCCCCCCAAGAUAAUGGUUCAUCCACACGAUAACUCCCAACUUCGACAACCACCAAUACCAGCAAAACAGCAUGUGAAAAAGCAGCAACUCAACUCCAAUGAAAUCAUUCAAAGGAAGAGACAGCAACAACACCGGCAUUACGACCAACAAUUGCUCCAACCACAACCACAAAGAGUAUACCAUAUACCGACUAUUGAACAAAGCUCUAAUGUAUAUGUCUCGCUUUCAAUUACAGGCUUGAGAAACUUGGGUAACACUUGCUAUAUUAAUAGUAUGAUUCAGUGCUUAUUUGCCGCAAAAGUAUUUCGUACACUAUUUAUUUCGUCUAACUAUAAGAGCUACCUCCAACCAUCGAGAGGCAAUAGGUUGCAUUCUCCAAAACUUUCUAAUUCACUAAACAUGCUUUUCGAUAAGAUGUACUUGAACGGUGGUUGUUCAGUCGUCCCAACGGGGUUUCUCAAGGUUGUUAACCAAUUACGUCCUGAUUUGAAAAUUCCAGACGACCAACAGGAUACGCAAGAAUUUUUAAUGAUACUCCUGGAUAGAUUACACGAUGAAUUGUCCAAUCAACCACAUGUGGCAAACGAUUAUCCGAAUCUAUUAUUGUAUGAUGCAGAUGGGCUAAAGGUUUCCAACAAAGAAUAUAAACACUGGUUUGAUAAAAAUGUAAUCGGAAACGGUAUAUCGCCUAUUGAUGAUAUUUUUCAAGGUCAAAUGGAAAACAGUCUACAAUGUAAAAGGUGCGGUUAUACGACUUUUAAUUAUAGCACAUUCUAUGUUUUGUCACUGGCUAUCCCAAGGCGCUCUACGAGAUUAAGCAAACUCGGUAGACCCAAUGAAAAGAGAGUUAAGCUAGAAGAUUGUAUCAACAUGUUCACAAGUGAUGAAGUGCUGUCUGGUGAAAAUGCCUGGGACUGUCCGCACUGUGGACCUACAUCGUCUAACUCUCUAUCUGCAUCCGCAUCUGCAUUAGAAAAUGAUUCUAAUAUUGUCAAAAGUAAAAAGAAGAAAAGUCGGUUUUUCACGUUGCAUACAAGAUCAAAGCGUCGUCAUCUUGAUUUUUUUGGAGACGGUACUAAUGAGAGCACUAGUAAUAAUCCUGUAAACUUUGAACGCGAAAGAUCGAGGUCACCCUUCAAAAUGCUGGGUGGUGGUGGGAAACGAUCCAAUUCUAAUACGCCGUUUGCUAAUAGCAGUAAUGACGCUAAUAAUUUUAACGAUUACAAAAACAAAAAAUUGACCACAGUGAAAACGAUAAAUUUUGUGACUUUACCAAAGAUUUUGGUUAUCCAUCUCUCUAGAUUUUACUAUGACUUGACCAAGAAAAACAACACCGUUAUAACAUACCCUCUGAUACUGAACAUAAUAUUGAAAAACAAUGAUACUAUGAAAUAUAGGCUAUUUGGGGUGGUCAACCAUACAGGUACGUUGAUCAGCGGCCAUUACACGUCAUUGGUGAACAAAGAUUUAGAGCAUAAUGUGGAUAUCGGGCGUUCCAAGUGGUAUUAUUUUGAUGAUGAAGUUGUCAAGGCGGACAAGAAGCAUGGCUCUGACAAGAACUUGAAGAUCUCGAGUAGUGAUGCUUACGUUCUGUUUUAUGAACGGGUUGACGAUUAG